AUGGGCCAUUGGAGGGAUCUUUUCAGGAUCGAUCGUGGCAGGACGCAUCACCGCUUGCAAGUGGAGCGGCGCCGGCUCCUCCCUGCGUAUAUCGCCGAUCAUACACAGCCGUCCGAUGCGUCUAAGGAGAUCGCAAAGGUCGCAUUGAAACUAAAGUACCAAAUCGAACAGGUCGUCUCCUGUGAGGUGGAGGAGGGUCUCCUAACCGACCCAAACAGUCACAUCAUCACGGACGAUGUGGUGAAGACCUCCAAAGAUGCCGGCGGCGAGGAGUACGCCGCCAGCGUUGUAUAUUGCUUGCUUGUGUGCUUGCGAUGGUUCCAAAUACAGGCCUCCAACGAGCUUUGGGAUGCCGAUCUUCACGAGGUUCGGGCUGUUGCUUGUGAGGUCAUCGCUAAACGCAUUAUUGAGUCGGAACCAAACCAAGACUAUCUAUUGAAGGAUAUUCUGCUCAAACGAUACUCGAUCUUCACUGAAGGGGUGGAGACCGGUCCCGCCAACGUUAUCGAACGUUCGGUGGACCUUCACGCGCUCAGGAUCAUCAGCUCCGCUGGCUACCAAAAAUGCAUUCACUAUCUCUGGUGUGGCUGGAUCUGCCAGGAAGAAGGCAAUCCGACAAAUUUUGUCGAGUAUCAUGGGAAAUCAGACACUAACUACUGGUCCCACUUUCAUCCUGAUCGCAUGAGGACCCCUCUAUAUCAGAAUAUUUGUCAGAUAAUGUUCUCCCUGCUCUAUCUCGCACUGUAUACGGCUGUGAUUAACACAGUUAACCCAACCGGUGAUCUUGAUGUGGCCGAGGGUAUUCUUUAUGGAAUGACAUUGGCAUUCAUCUGCGACGAAGCCAUCAAAUUCUGGAAGGUCGGAUGGAAUUACCUCGAAUUCUGGAACGCCUUCAACUCGACUCUUUACGCACUUCUUGCUAUAUCAUUCAUUCUGCGUGUUGUCGCAUUGGCACACUCUCCUUCUGAACACGAUGAGCAGCGGCAACUCUUCAACAAACUAAGUUACAACUUCUUAGCGUUCUCUGGGCCCAUGUUUUGGAUGCGGAUGAUGCUCUAUCUGGACUCAUUCCGUUUCUUCGGGGCAAUGUUUGUGGUUCUACGGGUUAUGAUGAAGGAGAGUCUGAUAUUUUUCGCCCUUCUUUUCGUGGUCCUGGCCGGUUUCUUCCAGGCAUUCAUUGGAAUGGCUCAAGUGGACUCCGAUAUCCCUGUAUCCUUCACCAGACCAAUCAUUCAAGGCAUGGCGAAUAGUAUUAUGCAGAGCCCCGAGUUUGAGACCUUCCAGGACUUUGCGUUCCCCUUCGGCAUUAUCCUUUACUAUAUCUUCAACUUCAUUAUCAUGAUCGUGCUUCUGAACAUCCUCAUUGCCCUCUACAAUAGUGCAUAUGAGGAUAUUUCUAGCAAUGCUACAGAUGAGUAUAUGGCUAUCUUUGCGCAAAAAACCAUGCAAUUCGUUCGUGCUCCGGAUGAGAAUGUCUUCAUUCCGCCCUUCAACUUGAUCGAAAUUCUCUGUCUCGUUCUACCAUUCGAAUGGUGGAUGUCGCGAGAGGGUUAUGCCAAGCUGAACGAUAUCGUGAUGGGCAUAAUUUAUUCGCCCCUGCUCGUUCUGACCGCUUGGCUAGAAUCUUACCAAGCAAAUCAGAUCCGGUGGAACCGUCGCCAUGGCGAAGAGGACGAAGAUAAUCGACAGGAGUGGGAGUUUGUCGCCGAGGAUGUCGACUUUGAUCUUGACGACGCCUGGAAAGAAGAGGUUAAACAAUCUACGCCUGACAUCAAAGCGAACAGUACCACUGUUGAAAUCAGAGAGCUCAAGGAGCAGGUCGCCGCACUGACAGAGCUAGUGAAGAGCCUUAGCCAAGGAAAGGAAGGAGCUGCGUAG